AUGGCGCCUCAAAAUCCCACAGCCGCAGCAGACGCACACCUCACGCGCACCUCCGAACCCAAAAAGCGCAAGGCCACACUUGCGAACCUGAAGUCGACACUGCAAAGCACCAAAGCAAAGCUCCGGUCGUACAGUCGGUCUAAAGUCACAAAAGCACGAGCAAAAGGCAAAGCAGUCAAGAAGCAAGAGCGUUGGAAGCAGACGACAGGGCGGUUCUCCGUCAUCGAGGAAACUGUUAGCCUUAUGGCCACCUCUUCCUCCAGUGAUGAAUCCCAAAGCGACACUGGAGCGUCUUCAUACACAGCCAGUUCUUCGCCUCACUCCUCGCUUGCGGCGCGUGACCUCGAAGUCGGUGCAACUCUCGGACGCGGAAGUUUGGACGUGUCUAUCUCGCCCGCAUCAACACAGGAAGAAGAGAAAUUGAUACGGCGCGAAUUGGAGAUCCAUCAGAACCUUGCACACAAGAAUAUUCUGAAGCUUCUUGCCUGGUUUCACGACGAGAAGAGCAUCUACCUUGUCCUGGAGUUCGCAGCAGGUGGCAGCCUCUACUCAAGGCUAAAGAAGCAGCCAAAAUCUCGCUUUACCGAACACCAGACGGCCAUCUACAUGGCACAGAUUGCAUCAGCUCUGCGCUACAUGAAUAACAAGAACAUCAUGCACCGGGAUAUCAAGCCUGAGAAUAUACUGCUUGGAUUCCACUCGGAGAUCAAGCUGGCCGACUUUGGAUACUCUGUACACUCUGAGUCUGGGUACCGGUCCACUGUGCGUGGGACCCUUGACUACUUGAGUCCCGAGGUCGCAGUCAUGAUGUUGAAGCCUGGGAUGAGCUCAGGAUGGUACACCAAGGCGAUUGAUCAGUGGGGCUUGGGUGUUUUGAUGUACGAGUUGCUGGUUGGUAGGCCGCCUUUUGAGAUGAAGAAUACGAAGAGCACACAGCGGAAGAUUGCAAACUUCAAGGGCAAGGGGAUCAAGUUCCCGGGACAUAUUAGUCAGGGCGCGGAAGAACUGAUCCGUGAGUUGCUGAAUCUCGAAGCGGAAAAGCGUAUGAGCCUUGAUGAUGUGUUGGCGCAUGGCUGGAUCAUGGGACACGUGGAGAAGUCAGUGCAGUCAGGCUUACGGUCGUUUGAUCAGCUGCUUCAGUGA